GCACUAGAUGGCAUUUUGAACGGCGAAAUGCUAUAUAUCUCAAGCUGCGAUUUAAAUAUUAAUUGUGAAAAUAUAAGAAAGUAAGGAGACAAAGUGCUAUUAACAAUAAGUACACGACAACCUAGUAAUAAUGUUUUUGCCUUUGCGCACAAUUCGUGCUCUUUCUAAUUGCAAAAAUGUUAGAGGGCUACAAACUUCAACCAUUCGGACUUCAGAUCAGUUAUUUAUUCAUAGAGACAGUGAAAUUGAUAACCCAAAAAUACCAUUUGAAUUCAAUGAGGCAAAUAAAAAACGCAUUGAAGCCCUUUUGAAAAUUUAUCCUGAAGGCCACAAACGUGGUGCAAUGAUACCUCUGUUAGAUCUAGCCCAACGUCAACAUGGCUGGUUACCUAUUUCUGCUAUGCAUAAAGUAGCAGAAAUACUAAAUAUACCUAACAUGCGUGUUUAUGAAGUAGCAACAUUUUAUACAAUGUUCAAUAGAAGACCAAUGGGAAAGUAUCAUGUACAAAUUUGUACCUGUACUCCAUGUUGGUUACGAGAUUCUGACUCUAUUGUUGAAGCUGUAACUAAAGCUACAAAUUGUAAAGUUGGAGAAAUGUCUGAAGAUAAACUGUUUACAAUUUCUGAAGUAGAAUGUCUUGGUGCUUGUGCUAAUGCACCAAUGUUUCAAGUUAAUGAUGAUUAUUAUGAGGACUUAACUCCUGAAAGUGCAACUGCUAUAAUAAAUGCAUUUAAAAAAGGUGAACGACCACCACCAGGUCCACAGAAUUCUCCUAGAUUUGCAGCAGAUCCAGCAGGUGGCUUAACAUCAUUAACAUCUCCACCACCAGGACCUGGAUUUGGAGUUAGAUCAGAUUUGUAAUAUAAACAAUACAUUCUAUAAUUUGUAAGGGAUUUAGUGCUGAUUAAAUGUUUAAAUAAAUAAUCUAUUAUCACUUAAAAA